CUUCUAGGGAUAAGGUCAAAAACGGUAUUAACAUUAAUAAUUGGUUAGAAUUACUUUGUGAUUAUAAGACGUAAUAUCAGACGAUUAACAUGUGUAAUUAUCUACUUUUGGACGGUAUACCAUAUUAUAUAAAUAAUUAGUUUCAAACAACACACCGGGUGUUAUUAUUGUUUAAUCAUAUAAAAAAUAGUCAUAUGUUGCAUCCUAACCUAAACAAACAUCAGACAGAUCCGCAAUUUAAUCGCACGAAGAAUUGUGUCAAGGGAAUCUUGACGUGAAAGUGUUUAUUUUCUCCUGAAGUUCAAAAGAGCAUCAAGCACAAUGGGAGAAAGAAAAGGAACGAAUUUGUACUAUCCACCGGACUAUGAUCCUCGUGUCGGUGGCCUCAACAAGUUCCUGGGUACUCAUGCAUUACGUGAGCGAGCCCGUAAGCUCCAUAUGGGCAUCUUAAUCAUAAGAUUUGAGAUGCCCUAUAAUAUAUGGUGUGAUGGAUGUGGAAAUCAUAUUGGCAUGGGUGUCAGGUAUAAUGCAGAAAAAAAGAAGAUUGGAAUGUACUACAGCACACCAGUUUACCAGUUUCGUAUGAAGUGUCAUCUCUGUGACAAUCACUUUGAGAUAAAAACUGAUCCUGGAAAUUUAGACUAUGUCAUAGUGAGUGGUGCAAGGCGUCAAGAAAACCGAUGGGAUCCUAAAGACAAUGAACAGGUUGUGCCUGAGACAAAAGAAGUAUCAUGUAGAUUAUAUGAUGAUGCAAUGUACAAGUUGGAGCAUGGUUUGGAAGAUAAGAAAGUAGCUAAGUCUCGAGACACUGCAUUGGAAAGUGCGAUAGCUGUGAACGACAGCAUUUGGAAAGAUGAUUACAGCUCCAACUGUGCACUAAGAGCAUUAUUUCGAGAAAAGAAGAAGGACCUCAAAAGAAAACAAUCUGUAGAUUGCGCAUUGUUAAAAAAGACGGGAUUGGAUAUCGAUUUAGUCCAAGAACAUGAAGAUGACAUCAAAUUAGCUAAAUUACUUAUUCAUAAGAGAGGCACAAAGAAGAAGGAAGGUACAAGACUGAAACAAUUGGUAUCGAUUGUACGAUCGAAGAAUAAUUCAAAGAAGAUAUCUGCAAAUGACAGAUUAAAGCUUCAAAGUCAGGAAUCGUCAAAAAUGCAAGAAAUCGCAGAUAACGCGACUACUUCGAAAGCCAGUAGUUCGAACACAUCUUUAGUGAAUUAUGACAGUUCUAGCACCGAUAGUGAUACUUAAUAUUUCCUACAUCUAUCAAGCGACCUGUACAUAAUUAUUUGCGUGUUGAUAUGUUAUUGAGAAUAAAAUUAAUUAGAAUAAUGA